AUGGGUAGAAGGAAGGAUUUAACAAGUGAGGAAAGGCAAGCCAUGGCCUUCUUUCUUCUUCAAAAUUCAACAGAUGGGAAGCUCCACCAUGGGACUAUCACUGCUGCCAUGGCGAAAUGGGGGUGUUGUCGGAGCUCCGUCUCGCGUUUAUGGCAGGCUGCAAAAAAGGAGCAAGCACAAGGUCAAUUAGUAUCCGUUCAAAGCAAAAAAAUCAACAAAUGUAGAAGAAAAAGAGUGCAAAUAGAUUUAGAACUCAUAUCUAGUCUAGAGUUGCAUAAAAGGGGAACCAUUCGAAGACUAGCAACAGGUAUUAAUUGCUCGAAGAGUACAGUGGGCAUAUGGAUCUCAAAGGGGCUGAUCAGAGCUCAUUCAAGUGCUAUCCGACCCGAUUUGACGGCUCCCAACAAGUUAUUGAGGCUACGGUUCUCUCUUGAACAAAUUGAAUAUGAUAGGAUAUGCAAUGUCCUAAAGUUCAAGAAUAUGCACAAUGUAGUGCACAUUGAUGAGAAGUGGUUCUACAUCACCAAAGCAAACCACAAAUUUUACUUAACUCCAGAGGAAACUGAUCCACAUCGCACUUGCAAGAAGAUGGUACCAGCCAAGAGAACAAGCAAGAACAGGCUGGCUGGAACAAUGGAGGAGAAGCAAAUCCAAUCCAUCACUAAAGAAGUGAUGAAGGCCUGCUAUAUCUCCAAGUUAAUUCCUGCAAUUUGGGACAAAUGGCCUCAAUUUGCAAGCAAAACUAUAUAUAUACAGCAAGAUAAUGCAAGGCCACAUAUUAAGGACAAUGAUCCAGAUUGGAGAGCUGCUGCAACAGCCAAUGGAUUUGAUAUCAAGAUUAUACAUCAACCUCCAAAUAGCCUAGACACCAACAUCAAUGACUUGGGUUGGUUUAGGGCCAUUCAGAGCUUGCAAGUACAAUCAGUGGCCACAACUGAGCAUGAGCUAGUACAAGCAGUUGAAAAAUCAUUCGAGGAGCUAAGUCCUCAUACUUUAAAUGCAGUUUUCUUGAGCCUACAAGGAUGUCUAAUUGAAAUCAUGAAAGUAAGAGGGCAAAACUGUUAUAAGCUUCCACACAUGAAGAAAGGAGUGCUUUCAAGGCAAGGUGCACUUCCAAUGUCAUUAGAGGUGCCAAAAGAACUUGUGGAAGAGUGCAUUGGAUAUUUGAUUGAAAAAGGAGUUGUUGAAGGCAUAGACCAACUGAAGGAGCAAUUGGGAUUACAUGAUGAUGCAUAUGGAGCAAUGGAGGCAGCCUUCAAUCAAUUGAGCAUGAUUGAGACUGCCUCCACUUAG